UGGAUAAAAUGAAAACGCAAAAGAUUGUAGCAACAGGCUGGAAAUUCUGUGUCUGAGAAAUGUCAUAUGCUAUACGUUGCAUGAGAAAUUAAUCAGUGUCUGUACAUGCGACGUGCUCGUCUGGUGAGGAGUUUCCACUGAGGGCGGCGCUACACUCUUUUCAGGAAGUGCUAGGACAGAGGAAAUUUUAUUUUCGUGGUAAAUAAAAAAAGGUUCCUCGUUUGUAACUCUUAUAACCAGGUGUGGUAUGUUUGCACGUCCACAUAACUUCUAUCCCAGAGAGAGAGAAGCAAGCGUGUCUGCGUGUGAUGAUCCGAGCAGAGAUGGCUGCAGUUACUCUUGUCGAUCUCACACAUGUCCGCUGUUCACAGUACGACAUUUGUGUGAAAAAGCGCAUCAGCAAGUUCUGUGCAGUCACCGGGAAUGGCUCACAGGAACCGGUCUUCAUCAUAGCGGAUCCAGAGAGCUCCGUGGGGACGGACAGAUUUCCAAGAAGCUCUAUUCUGGAGAUGUUUAUCGGGUUCAGCAAUUCCCCACAGGUCCUGUGCAAAAGCUCUCUUUCAGCCUCAUUAUACUCAUUCAAACAGGCUAUAGACAAAGAGGACAUUAGUAAUGUGAAGAUUAUGACCUCGAGCCACGGGAGAGGAGUGUUUCAGGUCUACCAGGAGCUCCUCUUCACUUCUGCGUAUAAUUUUGAGUACACUAUCAUGUUUGACAAUCUGUCCUCCGACUCCUGUCCCAUGGGUGACUGCACAGCCAUCAGCACUGAGGCAGCUGAUGCUAAACACGAGCUCGGCAGGUUCCUACAGCACCUACCAGCGGUCAAAGGAGACAUUACAGUUCUUAGAUCUGCUUUAAUUUCAGACUGCUUUGGUCAUGGCUUCACCACUCGUACUGGAGGUAUCUCCUACAUCAGCACCCUGAGCUCACUGAACCUCUUCUGUAACCCUCGGCGCAAAGACUCCAGAGCUGUGGUGGCCGAGAACCUCCGCCGGCUCGGCCUGCGGGCUGGAUUUCACCCUCAUCAGUUCAACCUCAUAAAGUGCAAUCAUGCCAGUGAUGUGUGGGUGAUGGGUAAACCCGCCCCCGCCAGUUACGACGGAAUGGUGACCAAUCAGGUUGGAGUUGUCAUAGCAGCACCAGGGGCCGAUUGCAUGCCGCUGCUCUUCACUGACCCUGUGAAAAAGGUCACUGGAGUGGCACAUGCAGGCUGGAGGGGGACCCUCAUGGGAAUUGCCAUGGCAAUAGUGAAAGCCAUGGUGUCAGAGUUUGGCAGCAGGCCUGCAGACAUUGUGUGUGUGAUCGGGCCUUCUGUUGGGCCAUGCUGCUUUACUCUGGAGCAAGAUUCAGCCAGAGAGUUUCAUGCCAUACACCCAGACUGUGUUCGAAACAUGGACUCAUCGAGACCUUAUGUCGACAUCAGACUCGCAACCAGAAUCCUGCUGGAGAGAGGUGGGAUUAAGCCUGAACACAUCGAGGACAUCAGGAUCCCAGACCAGCCUGAUUCCACACUGUGCACCUCCUGCCUUCCUGAAUUAUUCUUCUCCCAUGUAAGAGAUGGACUUGACUUUGGGACACAAAUUGGCUUUCUGUGGAUCAAAUAAUCCUGCAUUCACUGAGCUCUGACUGAAUGUGAUUACGUCUAUGUGUAUUCAUUUAAAAAAUGUGUCUAAAAGCCAGUAUAUAAAUCUACUAAUAUAAUAAAUUAAUUUGUAUGGGAUUACCACCACUUGUGUCAAACUCAAAUAUGCUAUGAACACUUUCAUUUGGUAUGUACACAAAUGGGCAUGAUUUAUUUUUCCAACCUCAAGAUUUCAGACUAAAAAUGUGAAUAUUUUAAUAAUAGAAAGUGUUUGUUUAGAUGCUAGUCACCAUGUUUUUCCACAACUUUUAAUCAACUUUUUUGCUAGUUCAUUUGAAGUCCUGUAGUGUGACAAAUGGAUUUUUAAAAAUAGAAAUAUUUCAAAUAUUAAUAAAUACAUAUUGACUUAUUUUAUGUUUAUUAAUUAAUCUCUCUUGCUAUAAUAUGGAUGUGUCACACAACAGGACUGAAGAAGUAGCUUCACAUAAACACUACAAAUCUAAUUAAUAGUUGGAGGUAAAACUUUACUUUUUAAAAAAUUCCUUCCUGUUCCUGUCCUGUUUGGCAACAUUUUCAAGAGACUGUUGAUUAGAUUUUGUCACUCUUCAGGACUCAAUAAGUGGUGACACAGAUUUAUAGACUUAAUAAAUAAAUACAUUUAUGAUCGAUAAUUUUAUGACCACAUUAUAUAAUUCAAUAUAAAUAUAUAUUUAAAUAGUAUUUCUAUCCACAUUGUUAAUUUUGAAACUAAGGGAUAGUUGUACAUGACAGGACAGUUUCAACAUUUUAUUUGGUAAUUGCUGAAUUGUUAAAAUAUUAAAGCUAUAUAAAUAAUAUUAUGUAUUGGACAAGAUCUGUACUGUCCAGACAAAUUCUAAAAAUAUAAUGGGGGAAAUGAAAAGAAAAAUGGCAUUUUUCUAUGAGUACAGUAAAUUACAUGUCAUGUCAACAACCCAUUAUUAAAAGCUACUGAAAGAAACCUCUCUAAAAUACAUAAUUUAGGAACUGUCUGUUGAUGUCCGUCAGUAUGAGUGUGAUUUGUGUUUUGUAAAUGAGAUGUUUUUAAUUGCACAAUUUAUUUUUAAUGAACUAUUUUGAGAGGUUAAAAUAGACUGUGAAUGUACACUAGAGGGAGCUAAUCGUUUGAUUUCUUUCAUCUUAGCGUGACCACCAUUACACGUUAUGAAUGAUCAGUAAAAUUGUUUAGUUAUUAAAUGUUUUGCUGUAACAUUGCUCAUAUCACAGCGAAAACAGCUGCUUUUGCCAAAUGUUAAGCUUGAAACUGUCCUAGUGGGAUAACAUAGCCUAUUUUUGUAUUGUAUUAUGUACAAUAAAAUUAAUUGUAAAAUAUGUGUAAA